AUGCCGAAACCGCAAAGCCCCUCUCUCCUCUCGCCAGCCAACUACGAUAACGAUGCCGCCUCUCUGCGAUCGCCCUCGGAGCAAGAUUCCGACUCGGAAGAUGAUGAGUUCCUCCGUCACCCCCGCAGCACCCUCGAGCUCGCCCAGCAUGAUCGCAGCGUGCUAGAAGAUGAAGACGAGCUGGAGAAACUAUUGACCAGGAGAGGUCCGACUCAUGAGCUUCGCCGCAUCUUCAGUCCUAAUGGGACUAGCGUGCGGAUCGGAAAGAAGGAGAAGCGGCGGGCGCGAAGGGAGGCACGACUAGCACGUCGGGAGAGAGUCAGCGAGGAAGGAGAAUUGAUGUAUGAGAUGGAGGAGGGCUUCAGAGAUGAUGAAACAUCGUCUCUAAUGAGCGGGUCCUCCAUGGACAUAGCUGCGAAGGAGGACUAUCUCUACGAGCCGCCGCAAAAACCUUCAUGGCACAAGCUUUUGUUUGUGUCUACCAUAAUCGUCGUCCUUUUCUUCAUCCUUCUUCUGGGUGCAUACAAGGCAUCGGGCCCGUUCCGAUCUAUCAGGGUCCAUCCUCCAUCACUCCUCUCCAACGGCACCGCACUCUUUGCGCCAACAACAAUUUUGAUUUCCCUGGAUGGGUUUCGAGCCGACUUCCUGGACCGCGGGCUAACUCCAGCCCUAAGUGCGCUCAUUGCGACCGGCGUCUCGCCGCAAUACAUGAACCCCAGCUUUCCAAGUGUGACUUUCCCAAAUCAUUUCACACUGGUGACUGGACUGUAUCCUGAGAGCCAUGGGGUCGUGGGUAACACAUUCUGGGAUCCGGACCUCAACGAAGAAUUCUAUUACACACAUCCGGCAGUCAGCAUGCAGCCGAAGUGGUGGAAUGCCGAACCUCUGUGGGAAACAGCAGAAAAGCAAGGAGUGCGAACUGGUAUCCAUAUGUGGCCGGGGUCAGAAGCACACAUUGGCAGUGUCGAGCCAAGCUAUGUGGACAAAUAUAAUGGCUCGGAGGCCUUGCCGCGCAAAGUCGACCGUGUGAUGGAGCUCCUGGACCUUCCUGGACCAGAGGACCAAUCGUACACGAUAGCCCAGCGGCCUCGGUUCAUUGCAGCCUAUGUUCCCGAUGUUGAUAAGGAGGGACAUAACCAUGGACCCAACAGCACCGAAAUUCAGAGCACGAUUGCCCAUGCAGACGAGAUGGUCGCCGGGAUUGUCGCUGGUCUUGAAAGCCGCAAUCUCACCAACAUUGUCAAUAUCGUGGUCGUCUCUGAUCAUGGAAUGGCCACCACCUCGACUGAUCGAUUGGUCCAGUUAGAUGACGAGAUUGAUUUGAGCCUCGUGGAGCGCAUCGAUGGCUGGCCAUCCCGUGGCCUGCGUCCCAAACAACCUGAACAUCUCGAGCUUCUACAACAGCAAGUCGAAAAACUAGGAAGGAAAUAUGCAAACGGGGUGGAGGUUUACACUCGCGAGACCAUGCCUGAACGCUAUCACUUUUCAAACAACGAGCGCAUCGCUCCGCUUUGGGUGAUCCCGAAGACUGGGUGGGCGAUUGUUGAGCGACCGGAGUUUGAUGUUCAGGAAGCCUUGAGGACGGGCGAGAUCUACCACCCUCGAGGGAUUCACGGUUAUGACCAUGAACAUCCUCUUAUGCGUGCUAUUUUCAUCGCUCGUGGCCCCGCGUUCCCUCAUACACCUAAUAGCCGCCUUGAGGCAUUCCAAAACACUGAGGUUUAUAACAUCGUAUGCGACUCGUUGGGGAUUAAUCCACUUCCCAACAAUGGAACUCUUCGUCUUCCUUUGCAGCCGGUUGGUCUUCACUCAGACGAGGAUACACCGCCUCUUGUGCGACCAUCCGACCCACCUGAGCAACCCCCGGCCACCGUUGCACCCUCUGCACCUACCCCUCCAGUCGUCGAAGCACCACCUGCCACUGACUCUGAGAGUGAGGAUGAAAAGGGCCCAACCUGGUGGGGAACUCUGUGGACGAAAGUCGAGGAAUGGAAGGAUUGGGCCAGUGAGCUUUUUGCGGCGGAGAAAGACAACCAUCCGCAGAAGUAG